AUGAUCAACAACUUUCGUCGUCUUUUCCACUCGAGCACAACUGAUGACGACCUUCUGCACACGCUCGAUGACUUUGACCGAGCCAAUAACAACACUCCUCGAUCGGUAACAAGUGGAAGCACGAAUGACGAACAACAACAACUCGUCUCGAACAGUACUUCUUUACAAAAAUCAUCCGAUUUGGAAUUUUUAGAAAAUUCAAAUACAACUUCGACGGCCACCGAUUGUUCGCAACAACACAAUUAUUAUGAAAUAUUCAACAAAAUUUCUCAUCACAAGACUCAUCUCAACAAGGUCAUGAGUAUUUCUGUGGAUCAUCGACAUAAAAAUAACAUUUAUUACACGACAGCUAUGGAUGGUGUCGCGUGUCGAUGGAAGUUGGUCGAGUUGGUGAAAAAUCGAAUGAGUGCUCAGAUUGAAUUGCCAUCUUCGAGUUUGACAUCGAGUUCCUCCUUUUCCUUUCCAAAUAUGGAAGACUUAUCCAAUUUAUUGGAAUUGGAUUUUAUGUAUGAACGACAAACAGGAGCUGUCCUUUCACACUGUCUAUUUCAUGAAUUUUUAUUGACAGGAAGUGACGAUCAUUUUUUAACACUCUUUUACAUUCAUAAUGAAAAACCCAUGACACGAAUCAAGUGCAACGAUGUGGUGACUUCAAUUUUUGCGUUUGAUUAUUUGGCCAAUGAUUUUAACAUUGUUGGAAGUGUUUUGGUUGGUUUGAGAAAUGGUGAAUUGAACAUGUUCUCAAUUUUGAAACAAUACAGCAAACUUGGAAAAUGGACAGGUGUUGCAUUGAUUCCCAAUGAGACAUUUAAUAGAAAUCAUACACCACGUCAUGCGCGACAAAUUAAUUUCAUGACCAUUUGUCCUUCGAAAGAGGUGUUGGAAAAUUAUGUCAUGAAUCAAUCGCAAGUUCCAUCGGCUCUUUCGAUUUUAACGUCGACGACGAGUGGACAACAAGGUACUGCAGGAAGUGGUGGUGUUGCAAAUCAUUCACAACAAACAUUGAGUCAUCAUUCGAACACAACAUCUUCGACGGGUCAUUCCAACAAUGUCUCUACUCACAACAACAACAACAACCAUUCGAUCAAUGCUUCCACUCCCGAAAUUGAUUACUCGACUGUGAAAUCCAACGGAGGUCCCUACUCGGAUCCGUUUUUGAUUGUGUCAGCAGCCAAUGAUUGUUUUGUCAAGAUUUGGUCACCCUCGACUGGAGAUUUAUUGUUUUUGAAAGAAUUUGAUUCGCCUUGCACGAAGGUCAUUACAACUUCAUUUCGACGCGAUUCUGUUCGACAUCGAUUCUUUUUCGUGUCACACUACAAUGAUCUUUCCAUUUUCACAGUGAAUACCAAAUCGAAAUAUGCCACUGAUUUCAGAGUUCACUACAAUAUUAAUCAAUUCUUUCUGCAUCAAUUUUCUGAAUUUAUUGAUAAGAAUUUGAAUGAUUCAUCCACCACGACCACAACAUCAUCAUCGACAAGUAGUACCAAAACUGAAAAAUCUCAAAAAGUCAAAACCCAAUCCUCUCAUUCUGCUGCUACUUCACGCCGUGAUCGAGGAUAUUCCACAGCACUCUCUGUGAAGGAAAAUUCUCAGACUAGUAGUAAUACUAGUUCAACAACUGUUCACAACAACAACAAAUCAACAAGUGUUCACACUCUGAACGAAAUUCCAGUGAGUAAGAAUGGAUAUAUUUAUCUGAUUGGUUGGAAUUCCAUGCAAGCUCGAUUAGAAAUUUGGCUCUAUAAUUUGUUUGAUCAGAAAGCAAAACCUACUUCUCAAUAUCAACAAAAAUUACAAGGUGUGACAUUUUUACAAAAUUUAACAUUGGACAGGAGUAGUGUUGUUCAGGAGAGGACCGAUCUGAUUACGACCUUUUCAGUCGUGUACAGCACGUUUAAAAAAACAAGUGUGAAAAAGUUAAUUUUGAGAAAAUCCCUUAUAGAAGCAAGUUCAAUGGACACGACAUCAUUGUUAGUUUCCUCUUCGAAUAAUACUGUGACCAUUGUCAAGACUCAAUCACCUUCUUCUCCUAAAACUCCACCGACAGCUUUGAAAAUCAUGCCACAACUGUAUUGCAAUGCUGAAUUUAGAGAUUUGUAUCAUAUGGCCACGACAAAGAGAGCAGCUGAAAUGAGAAAUCCAGUCAAAAUUGCACAAUUGAUACAAAAUUUUAGUAAGGAAUUGAGUGAAAUUGGAUCCAUUGAUGCAAAAUUAACAUUCCUUCAACAAUUAUACACCAAUAGCAACAAUCAUUCACCAGAUUCCAAAUUUAAUUUCAUUUUCAACAUUUCACACACCAUUCUCUGUGACGAUCAAGAACUUGUUCAAAAAUCCAAACGUGCACUUUCUCAACUCAAUCAAGAAGUUCUCACUUCAAGAAAAUCCACUUCUCUCCACAAGAAAUUCAUGUACAUUCGUGAAGUGUCUCUCAAAAUGGGUGAAACCAAAUUAACAGUGUUGAACUAUGAUCAUUACAUUUCAUUUCUGAAAGAUUUUUGCAAUGAAGAAGGCAUUCACAAAUUAAUUCAUGUUCAAGUGAGUUCAAGUUCGGCUCGAAAAAUUGCCAUUCUCGUUCAAGAUGUGAUCAAGACAUUUUUCAAACCUGUCAAAACAUGUCGACAUUCGUACAAGUAUCAUUUGAAACCUUUUCAUGAAAUUAGAAAUUAUGAAAAAUGGCUUUCCAAUUUGGGAUGUGAAAAAUUUCAAGAUAUUUAUAUUGGAUUGGGUCGAAUGAUGGGUUUCAUGAUGUUACAACCAUAUUUAUUUGUCGAAGAUUUCUUUCCCACUCGAGUCGUUGUCAAGACCAUUUUAGGACAUGCCAUUCAAUUUUGUGAUUUUUCAGAUUUUGGAGUUGAAUAUUCUGUAUUGAAACAAGUGAUCGAGAAGAGACACGAUGGAACAAAAACUCUCGAACAAGUAAUUCAUGAAAUUUCACGAGAUGAAUUUUAUGAAAAUUUAUUAUUCAAUAAUGAACAUUGGAAAAAAAAAGAAUUCUGGAAAUCUCUCAUGCAAUCGAAUCGCGUCACGGAAGACAACAAAGUGACACUCGUGCAACAAGUGGUGUCAUACUUGUUAUUUUCAAACAUUUCACAAGAAUUACAAUGUUUAUUGAAAGGACUUUAUCAAUUUUUACCUUCUUUGGAUUGUAUUCGUGAAUUAUUGGAUGAAAUGGAAUUGACAUGUUUAUUGACUGGAACGAAAUUGAUUCAUUCGGAUUUUGUCAUUUUUAACAAUCAUCCUCCAUCCACCACAACUCAGAAUUCCACACAACAACAACAAGUUCCAUCGAAUCAAGCACAUUCAAAUACAUCAUUCACGGAUCCUCAACUCGGUUCAUCGAUUGAAACGGAUCCUUGUAUGGCUUGGUUAUGGGAAUUUAUUUAUGACGAUAUGGAUGCAUCGAUUGUGGCAGAUAAUUUGAAAACUUGUUUACUUUCUAAAAAGUCACUCUCUCUCAAGAAUGAUCUCAUGUAUUAUACACCCAUUCCUAUCAUUUGUCGAGAUGAUCAAUUGAAAGAGGACAUUCAAUUUAAUGCAGAGGAACAUGAAAUGAGAAUUGGGACUUUCCAGAAUAAGCAAAAAUUCUUUGAAUGUUUAUUGUAUCAUAUUGAACAGAAUGCGAGUCGAAGAUCGACAGUGAGUGGAAGUGGCGUCUCGUCACCACGUACUCCAUUAUUAAUGUCUCCUUCGACGCAACCAUUGAAUUUACCACCAGUUGCUGUGAAUUCUUCACACAUUCCCACGCCAGACAUUUUUGACACACCACAUGCGGCAGUUGCUGACACCACCUCCGCACCAACAACAACUACAACAACAAAUGAACCUUUGAAGCUCAUGAUUGGUGGUGAUUCGACGACGAGUUUAAUUUCCACUUCGGUAGACACGACUGGCAGUGAAGAUUCCACCUAUUCUGAUUUGAGUAAUAAAUAA